AUGACUCCUGUUGGUUAUCUCUUUGGCAAAAGGAGACAGCUUCGUACCCUACCUUUCCGUCUACUUGAUGUUAUCUGGAAUGCACCUGUUCUAGCCCCCCUUGUCUUACUAUUCCUGUACACCUUAGCAUCGCUUAUACAUUCAUAUAAUUCCCUGAACUCGGCGUUGGAACGUAACUCCAUAUCGUUGGAUGAUCUGCCUCAAGGCUAUGUGAAGGAACUCGAAGAUGCCAUCAGCAAGAAUCAACCAACUCAUAAUAUCACCAUCCUGAAAGAUAAAGAAGCGACGCCAAUACCACGAAUCAUUCAUCGAACUUAUAGCACCCAAGAGUUCCCGGAAAUUUGGCAAACAGCCUACAACUCUUGUCAAGCUCUGUUACCAGAGUACCAGCACUUCUUUUGGACUGACGAAAAAGCUCGCGAUUUCAUCGAGGCGAACUUCCAAUGGUUCUUGGCAACCUAUGAUGGAUAUAGAUAUGGGAUUCAACGGGUGGAUGCGCUUCGAUAUUUCCUGCUUUGGCACUAUGGGGGAAUAUACAUGGACAUGGAUAUAGGAUGUCGACGCGAUAUUCGCCCAUUACUCGAUUUCCCGGCAUGGGUACCGCGAACAUGGCCAUAUGGCGUCAGUAACGACUUAAUGGCGAGUUCUCCUGCCCAUCCGCUGAUGAUAAAGGCCGCAUUAAGCCUUUAUGACCAUAACCGAUGGUAUUUCAGUAAGUAUAUAACGGUAUUCUUUACCACCGGACCAAUGUUCUUCAGCGGGAUCAUUUUGUCGUGGUUCGAAAUAUUGAAGACGGGUGCAAAAGAUGAUACUUCUAGUUUCAGGGGUCCACACGGCCUUGCCAUACUGCCUUCGCAGCUGUACGACACAACGGAAUACACAUUCUUUUCACAUUUCCCUGGAUCCACAUGGCAUGGGAACGAUGUUGCAAUCCUUUCGUGGCUCUAUCAUUAUCUAUGGAUAUUUUUCCUGGCAGCUUUUUCCCUUAUGGUUGUCUCUGUUGUUCUUGGUCCAACGAGGCGAGCAAAGAGACGAGUACCUCGCUUUAUGAUGAAGCAAGAGUUGGUGUGA